AUGCCUGGUCUAGAGGUUAAAGCACCAGGCGAGAAACUGAGAGAAGGAACCAUCCUGCACUGCACAUUUUCUCCCACGCUAUACCAGUGGAAUGCCCUCAGGAUCCAGUCUGUCCUUCUGGUGUUAGCCAGCACAGCUUGUCUGUGGUUUGCUGCUUGCCUCAGCGUCUUCUACUGUGCCAAAAUUGCCACUUUCACUCACCGGUACUUUCUUCUGGUGAAGCUGAGAAUCACAGAGAUGGUUCCCAUGAUUCUUGUGGGGUCCGUGUUGGUCUCUUUGGUUUCGUGUCUCCCUUCCAUCUGGGUGGAUUACAACAUCCUGCUGUGCAACUCAACUGGGAACCAUCUGAAGAACAUCACCGUGGAGAACCAGGUGGGAGGCAUCUCCUAUCUGAAAGCCUUCUACAUCUCACUUGGGGCCCUUCCAUUUUUGCUUUUCGUGGCAUCAUCCACUUUGUUAAUUGCCUCCCUGUGGAGACACACCAGGCAGAUGAGACAGAGCACGAUGGGUCUGAAGGAUCCAAGGACAGAGGCACACAUUGCGGCCCUCAAAUCCUUAAUCUCUUUCCUAAUACUCUACAUCUGCACUUUUGUAGCUGAUGUCCUGCAUGGGACUCCCUCCUGUAGACUUGGAAUUGAAUGGAAAAGAAACAUCUGUUUAUUUGUGAUUGCUGUGUGCCCUUCCAUCCAUGCCGUUCUAUUAAUUUUCUUUAAUGUCAGACUUAAAAGCAUCCUGCUUUACGUGGCAUGCCAUCGGAAAAAAGACUUUAGGUUUUCAGAUGAGAGUUAUCUCACUUAUACUGGGAGAUAUUACAGAUUGAAUAUUGAAUGUAUAGAAGAGAAAGAAG